UACAGUGAGAUUACACGAAAGUAUUCAGGAAGAGCAUUGCCACUACCUUGUCUUCGAUUUAGUAACAGGCGGUGAACUUUUCGAAGAUAUUGUCGCUCGAGAAUUUUACAGUGAAGCCGAUGCUUCCCACUGUAUACAGCAAAUUCUAGAAAGCGUCCAUCACUGCCACCACAAUGGAAUUGUGCACAGAGAUCUCAAGCCCGAGAACCUUCUCCUCGCUAGUAAAGCGAAGGGUGCAGCUGUGAAAUUAGCAGAUUUUGGAUUAGCCAUUGAAUUACAGGGCGACGCACAGGCGUGGUAUGGUUUUGCUGGUACGCCUGGUUACUUAAGUCCAGAAGUUCUUAAAAAAGAACCUUAUGGUAAACCUGUAGAUAUUUGGGCAUGUGGAGUUAUUCUUUACAUCCUCCUUGUUGGAUACCCUCCAUUUUGGGAUGAAGAUCAGCAUCGAUUGUACGGACAAAUUAAAGCCGGAGCGUAUGACUAUCCAAGUCCGGAAUGGGAUACUGUAACACCCGAAGCGAGAAACCUCAUCAAUCAGAUGUUAACGGUAAACCCAUCGAGACGCAUAACUGCCAGUGAUGCACUUAGACACCCAUGGAUUUGUCAACGUGAGCGUGUUGCAUCGGUGGUACACAGGCAAGAGACUGUGGAUUGCUUGAAGAAAUUCAAUGCAAGGCGCAAAUUAAAAGGUGCCAUUUUAACCACAAUGAUUGCGACGAGGAAUUUUUCCAGUAAGUAUGAUGCACAGGCUCGAAGUAUCAUUACCAAGAAGGGCGACGGGUCUCAAGUGAAGGAAUCAACCGACAGCAGCACUACUAUUGAAGAUGACGACGUCAAAGAGGAUAAGAAGGGAGGUGUCGACCGGAGCAGCACGGUCAUUGCCAAAGAACCAGAAGGCUACGCGUCCCAGGGCACACCGCCGAAUAGUCCGGCAGCAGCGUCCAUAUUUUCAAAAGUUAUGGGUGCCGCUGCAGCAAGUAAACAGAAUCAGGGAUGUGGAAACUCAUUAGGAAUAGCCGCAGUACUCCUUCACGGAGCACAAGCUGACAGUGGACAUGGCAACAGCAACAGCAGUAGCAGCGGAGGGAGUACUAGUACAAGCAGCCAAAAUAGUCAAACGGGUAUUUUAUUAUCAUUUCCAUCUGUGGUGAGUGUCAACUGUCCUCCAAGACAUCGGAAUUCAUCAGCUGCAGCUCGCAGGCAGGAGAUUAUCAAGAUGACUGAGCAGCUCAUUGAAAGUAUUAACACCGGUGACUUCGAGGGUUACACGAAAAUCUGUGAUCCACAUCUGACUGCAUUUGAACCAGAGGCUUUAGGUAAUUUAGUCGAAGGAAUGGACUUUCACAAAUUUUACUUUGAUAAUGUCCUGGGGAAGAAUUCUAGUUGCAAGGCCGUCAACACAACAAUUCUUAACCCUCAUGUGCAUUUACUUGGCGAAGAUGCCGCUUGCAUCGCUUACGUCAGGCUUACUCAAUUUGUAGACAAACAAGGGGUAGCGCAUACCCAGCAAAGCGAGGAGAGUCGUGUAUGGCAGAAAAAGGACAACAAAUGGCAGAAUGUGCACUUCCAUCGAAGUGCUGUGACUGGGCCAUCGCCUUUCUCUUGCAAUCAUAAAUAA